AUGUCUCAAGUUUGGUUGUUAAUAUUACUAAUUUAUGGCUUGUUGUUUCUGAAUUAUGUUAAUAGCAAUGCUCUAGCUAUUGAAUGCUUAGCUUCUGAUCAUGAAGCUCUUGUUGACUUCAAAAAUGGCCUUGAGGAUUCUCACAACCGUCUCUCUUCGUGGAGAAACACCAACUGUUGUCAAUGGCGUGGAAUUUACUGUGAUAACAACACAGGCGCGGUCAUUUCAAUCGAUCUCCAUAACCCGCAUCCACCGUCAUUUGAUUGGAAACUGAGUGGUGAGCUAAGACCAUCUUUGAUGAAGCUCAAGUCGCUACGGCAUUUAGACUUGAGCUUCAACACAUUUGGUGAAAUUCCAAUUCCUAAGUUUUUAGGAUCAUUGGUGAAUUUGCAAUAUCUGAACCUGUCAACUGCUGGCUUUGCUGGUUUAAUUCCACCCCAUUUGGGAAACCUUUCUCACUUGCAAUCUAUUGAUCUCACAGAUAAUAGCUUGCAUGUUGAAAAUCUACAAUGGGUGACUGGCCUUGUCUCUUUGAAAUAUCUUGCCAUGGAUGGAGUUGACCUUUCAUCGGUAGCAGGAACAGACUUGGUUAGUGCAGUAAACCACCUUCCUUUUUUAAUAGAAUUGCAUCUAUCUUCUUGCCAUCUUUUUGGCCAAAUUUCAUCUCCUUCAUCUCUCAAUUUUACUUCACUUGCUUUUCUAAAUCUUAGUUCUAAUGCUUUUUUUUCCAAGAUACCUAAUUGGCUAGUUAAUAUUAGCACCUUAGAACAUAUUGACAUGAGAAAUAGUGGUUUCUAUGGAACAAUACCACUUGGUUUAAGAGACCUUCCUAAGUUAUGGUAUUUGGAUUUAGGCUUUAACUACAAUCUCAUAGCAAGUUGUUCUCAACUCUUCAUGAAAGGAUGGGAAAGAAUAGAGGACCUUGAUCUGGGAAAUAAUAAAUUAUAUGGGAGACUUCCUUCAUCCUUUGGAAACUUGACUUCUCUCACUUACCUUAAUCUUUCAAAUAAUACUAUCGAGGGUGUUAUUCCUAGUUCAAUUGGUGCAAUCUGCAACUUGGAACUACUGAUUUUAUCAGGAAACGACAUGACAGGAACUUUUCCUGAGUUUCUUCAAGGAAUAGAAAACUGUCCUUCAAGAAAACCUCUUUCUAAUCUGAAGUUACUCUGGGUGCGCGACAACCAGAUACAUGGUAAAAUUCCAGAUUGGUUGAUUCAGCUAGAAAAUUUAACUAGUAUUAGUAUUUCAGAUAACUUGCUUGAAGGUCCCAUUCCUCUUUCCAUAGGGUCGCUGCAAAAUCUCAUUGUGUUGGACCUUAAAGGGAAUAAAUUAAAUGGUACUCUACCAUACAGUAUAGGACAAAUAGAUAAGUUGAAAUAUGUAGAUAUUUCUUCCAAUCAGUUAUCAGGCAUGGUAACUGAACACCAUUUUUCAAAGCUGAGUAAGUUGAUACUUUGGACUAUGUCUUCCAAUUCAUUCACUUUAAAUGUCAGUGCAAAUUGGCUACCACCUUUCCAACUAGUUCUCCUCGGUAUGGGUUCAUGUGCUUUGGGGCCUUCAUUUCCAUCUUGGCUGAAAUCACAAAGUAGGAUUUCGAAUUUAGACUUCUCCAACGCUAGCAUUGUUGGCUUUAUUCCAAAUUGGUUUUGGGAUAUUACAUCUUCGUUGACAAUUAUAAACAUGUCUCAUAAUGAGUUACAAGGUCGGCUUCCAAGUCCAGUCCCUAUGGCAUUUUCUUUAUAUGUUAGGCUUGAUCUAAGCUUUAAUCUUUUUCACGGACCUCUCCCUACUAUGACACAAGGAUUUGAGUCGCUAGAUCUCUCACACAAUUGCUUUUCAGGUGCGAUCCCAGUGAACAUUAGUCAACGCAUGAAUGGAGUGAGAUUUUUAUCUCUUUCAUAUAAUCAACUCAAUGGAGAAAUACCAGUGUCUUUAGGAGAAAUGUCCUCUGUUAUUGCCAUUGAUCUUUCAGGAAACAACUUAACUGGAAGGAUCCCUCCAAGCCUUGCAAAUUGCUCUUUACUCGAUGUACUAGACCUUGGGAAUAAUAGUCUAUUUGGGACCAUUCCAGGUUCUUUGGGUCAAUUACAACUACUCAGAUCACUGCACCUUAAUGAUAAUCACUUUUCAGGGGAUUUGCCACCAUCUUUAAGAAAUUUGUCAAGUUUGGAAACCAUGAAUCUAGGGUCCAAUAUACUGUCAGGUGUUAUUCCAACUUGGUUUGGGGAAGGUUUUCCUUAUCUUAGAAUUCUCAUUUUGAGGUCUAAUGCAUUUUAUGGAGAAUUGUCACUUGAGUUUUCAAAACUAGGUUCUUUGCAAGUCCUUGACCUUGCUAGAAAUGACUUGAGUGGCAGAAUUCCAACAAGCUUGGCUGAUUUAAAAGCAAUAGCCGAAGUGCGGAAGAAAAAUAAAUACUUAUUGUAUGGAGAAUAUCGUGGUCAUUAUUAUGAAGAAGGAUUGAAUGUCUAUGUGAAAAACCAAAUGCUAAAAUAUACCAAGACCCUUUCCCUUGUUACAAGCAUAGACCUUUCUAAUAAUAACUUCAGUGGAAAUAUUCCAAAUGAGAUAACAAAACUAUUUGGUUUGGUGGUUCUCAACUUGUCAAGAAACCAUAUAAGUGGUCAAAUUCCUAAAACCAUUUCAAAUCUGCUUCAAUUAUCAUCCCUUGAUCUCUCAAACAACCAACUUUCCGGAACAAUUCCUUCAAGCUUGUCUUCCUUGUCAUUUUUAGGGUCCUUGGAUUUGUCCGAUAACAACCUCUCGGGUGUCAUUCCAUAUACAGGCCAUAUGACAACUUUUGAAGCUAUGACUUUUUCGAGGAAUUCGGGUCUCUGUGGUCCUCCCCUUCUUGUGAGGUGUUCAGAUGAUGGUGACAACAGACAGAGUAGUGAUGAUACAAAUGAUGAGGGAUUGUUUGAUAACUGGUUUUACAUGAGUCUUGGUUUGGGGUUUGCAACAGGCAUUCUAGUUCCUUAUUUCAUUUUAACAAUGAAGAGUUCUUGGGGUGAUGUCUAUUUUGGUUUUGUGGAUCAAGUUAUUCACAAAUUGUUAAGGUGCACACUCAAACAAGGAAUAAAUCAUGGCCAAAGGAGGAAGAUUCGUCAGAGGCAAUAG